UAAAUCUCUCAUGUUUAGCCUGAAGCGAAUCAGUUGUCGGCUAAACGGUGAGGAAAACGGUUGUGCGAAUAGCAACAAAUGUAAUAGACGCAAACUUCGAAGCAAUCGUGUACUUAUAUACAUGUGUAUAUCUUUUAGAUAUUUAUAAUAUUUGCUUUGCGAGAAGCAAUUUUUUAUUAUAAAAUUCAAAUGACAAGUAAAAUUAUUGUGACUUAAAAUAAACCUAAUCAAAUAGAAGGCAAUUCUUUAUACAAGAAAGAUAUAAAUUCUAUAAAAAAAGUGUCUGUAAUAACUACGCGGCGCUCUAGUGGUUAGUAGUUGAAAUUUAGUUGUCAAACGAGAAGCAAAUUAUGACUCAAGUUCAUUUUCAACACAACUGUGCAAGAGCAAAUGCAGAAAACAAAAGCAAUUUGCCAUUUCAUGCAUGGCAACAAAUUGAAUGCUUAGCAACAUUUUCCUCACGUGUUUAUAAGCAAAUGUGUUGCAGCAAUACUUAAUGAAAAAGUGAAAAUAUACUACAUAAAACGAAAGUGUGUGUGUGUUUUUAAAUAUAAAUACAAAGAAAAACUAAAAUUAAAAACAAAAUAAAUGCAAAAUAUUAAUGCAAUUCUAAAAAUAAAAUACUAUAGAAACUUCGCAAUACAAAAGUCACACAACCACAUUGCAAUUUUUAAGUGAAAAUCUUUUUUUUUUAAUUCCAAGGCUGCAGCAACAUUAAUCGUCUUUGGAACACUAAUUCAAUGUCACAGCAGCCUGCUAAUAGUAAUUUUUUUCUCUGCAAGCCAACAGCAGUAACAGCAGAAAACCAGAACAACAAAAACAACGCUGCAGCAAAUUGUAGCAACACGCGUUAAAAUGAUGAAAAAAAACUUUAGAUAAAUAAAGUAAAAGCGAGGACAGACAACUACGCAUGAAAUCGCCACGUCUAGAAAACUACUAACCAAAAAAAAAAAACAAAACAACCAAAUACUAAACAAAGCACCUAAUAGACUGUUUGAUUUAAAAACUUGCCAAUGACCAGACGUGUUUACACCUAAAUUAAGCGCAAUUAGCGAUUUUAUAAACGCCCAUGCGCACUGAAAGUAUUUCGAGCGGACGCAACUGCACCGCAUCCGCAUACGCCACUGCCACAGCAUCCGCUGUGUGUGCAACGGCAGCAACAGCUGGCGCAACAAAUAUGGCAACCAUGCCAGUCGUCUGGUGUACAGAUCCAAAUUCAGAGAAUAAACAGCCCACAGCUUUCGCGCUUCACGGCAUUCAAUUGCAGGGUAAUGUGACUGAGAAACAGGUAUUGGCGUUGCGCGAGUUGGUGAAUGCCGCCGCCGAGGGUAGACUCAUAUUGCCGGCUGAUGGCACUUUUGUGCUGCUCGACAGCGGCAUCAGCAUCGAAAGUUCGAUAGUGAAAAGCAAUGGUGACAGCGUCGAUGCGGAUGGCAACAAAGAGAAUGCAGCGCAUAAUGUGGUAGCUAAUGUGACAAAUGCCAGCGGCUUAGAUGAGAAGCAGACUAAAAACACCUAUAUACUUAUGCCUGUGGCAACAACAAAGCAGCGCGCAUCACAACAACAACAACAACAGCCAUCAGAAAGCGCGGAGCUACAAGAGAAGUUGAAGAUGGAAAAAGUGCAGCAAGUAGAAGUGGCAGAGCAAUUUGGCGACGAAGAAUUCGAGCCAAAAUACUCGACAUUCACGCCGCCUAGCUCCAGUUAUGGCGACGAAGUGCUCUACGAAUUUCUCUGCUGCGCCAAAUGUAUGAAUGAAACCUACGCGUCCCGGUGUCCAGCAUCUGCGGCGUUCUCUGCGUGUGCGCGAAAACGCUACAGCAGCUGUCAGUAUGCUACGGAUGCGCUUGCACCCAAAGGUAAUGAAAGUAGGCGCGCUUUAGCUGCAGAACGACUACAACGAUUACUCAGAACUUCCGGUCGCACUAGCGCCCUCGUCGAUUGGGGCGCAAUGUCGGCGGCGUCGAACGCAAGAGCAAAUGGAAUGCCCACGCCAUUAGAUGAUCCUGUAUACAGUAUUGCUAAUAAGUACACGCGCCGGUAUCAGCGCAAGCAUGGUCUUAACCCUGCCUCAGCAUUAGGCGCACGUAAUCGACAAAAUCGACGCAAAUUACCUAUGCAAAGCGUAAAAAUCUUUCAUAAUCGUUGCACUGCAAUCACAAAUGGCAGCAGCAGUGGUGGUGGUGGUGGUGGUGUUGGCGGUGGUAAUGGAGGCAGUAGUGUAAGCAAUAGUCGGAGCAAUAAAAUUGGCUGCAUUCCAUUGUCGGUGAUAUCGACGCUACCUACUUAUGCGAAGCUGAAUAAAAAACAAACCGACAAAAAAGCGCCAUCGCAGUCGAACAGUCGUGAUUUGGAAGUAGAGGAGCAUAGUGCAGGAAUGACACUGCCGUCAAAGAGAAAUAACAAAAGCGCAAAGGUGUCAUGUCCACAUGAAGCCAGCACUGCGGUAGCGGGCGAUGAUAAACAAACCAACUGUGAUACACUAAUGGAAGAGGUAGCCGCUGCUGAAGUAGUAAGAGAUCUAAUUAGUUUCGAUGAUGAUGAUGAUAACGCCGAGCUAAAGACGACUAGCAAUGCCGGCGUUGGGUGGCAAAACCUUGCUUGUGCUACGAAGACCUUCGAUUUGCUGUGUGCGCCCAACAAAGAGUUGACGCCGUCGUCCGUCAUAGCCAGCGAAUGCGAUCACGAUCGCGAGCACGAAGUCGACACCAACGACUGCAACCUUCCACUAUCAACAGAUGAGCUUUGCAUGCAAAUUAGCAACGAAUCAGCCAAAUUAGCGGAGACCGCGACAACGGCAAACGCCGACGACGUUGGCACAGCUGGUGUGGCCGCACAGGCGCACAGCAACAGUUCAAGUAGAAAAACGAGUUUCGAUUCAACUUGCACCAUCAGUUCAAUGGAUUCUGGUUUCAUUGAGAUGCAGAAUAAAUUGGAGAGUUCACUACAGAGUGCGGCCGGUGCUAUAUUGCACGCCGCAGCUGCUGGUACGUGUGCCUCCGCUGCGAAUGCGCGGCCCUCAUUAGCGCAAAUUUUUGAUGGUGUCUGCAGUGCGACGGGUACCGAAAAUUCCCAUACACCAGAGUGUGGUACUGCAAAACAUGUAGCUGCGAGCAACGGCGAAUCUUGCGACGCGCCGGAGAAAAUCGCGCGCCUCUACUAUAAGGAAUGUCUUACACAGUCGCGCAACCGGCGCAAAUCGUACGAAGAAUUCAAGGCGAUGUUUGCCGCAGCGGCACAAAUGGAAGGCGCAAGCAAUGCGGUGGCAACGGCGGCGGCGGCGGCGGAAAUAUUGGCGCGUCGCAAAGCGCUGCAGGUACGUAGCGGCGGCAGCUGUGAAAAGGAAAUACAAUAUGGCACGUCAAUGGCAACGCCAACAACAACUGCAAUGUGCGCAGCUACGCCGAUGGCAACAAUGUCGAAUGCAUUAGAAUCGAUAUCAGAAACGGCUGUAACCGCUGCGGAGGGAGGUGGUGUUGGCAUGCCAGUUGCCGCGUCUACACUUGCCAAUCACAAUAACGCCGCUGCGAUCAAUGAGUGGAACACAUUUGCUGUUGUGAAUAGCGACACGAAACCGGAUUGUGUAAACAAGUUUGCGGUGGGCACAGCUGAAACGAAUACUGCUGACGUGUCCGCCUCACUGACACCACCAUCGGCGACAAGCGCGGUGGCGACGGCAUUACAACAACGGUCAACCACAGAAAUUUUGCGUAAGAAUUCCGAUUUUCUAUCGCAAAUACUCGACCAGAAAUUGCUCGCUGCCAAAGAGAAAGAAAAAGCGCACAUACGCCGCAAAUCUUACGAGGAGUUCAAGCGUUUGGUGCGCGAAUGUGAAGCGAUGGAUGUGGCGGAAAAGUGCAGUGAUGCAACAGAAAGUGCAACCACUGGCUCACCGACCCCAUUUAAACGUCAAAAUUCGCGGCAUCGCAAGAGUUACGCAUCAUUUUUGUUAAUGCGACGCAACUCGCUGAAAGAACAACAAAAACCUACGAACACUGGAAGCUCUAACGCCGUCGUCUCACCACUGGCAGAGUGCAAUGAUGCUGCCGCAACAGCUGACUUGCAGCUACAAAGCAACAACGGAGCCAUUGUGCCAUCAGCGACAGCGCCAUGCAUCAAUAAAGCUGUCGUCGGCGGCAGCGUUGGCAGUAAUUAUAGACGCAACUUUAAAAUCUACGAUAAGCUUGUUUAUGGCACCAUUUAUGACAUCAUACAACGCAAGAAUGACAUUUACAAUCUUACUUACCAUAAAUAUGACAAAUAUAUGACAUACGGCACCAUUUAUGAGAUUUUGCACCGCAAGACAUCGCAAGCAUCGUCCACCGCGUCGUCAGUCACAAGUGCGGGCGAUUUCUUUCAGCGCAAAAGUCUAUCGGCUAUUUUAGAAAAAGAUGGCUUGGCUGUACGUGAAAGGAAAGCUAGUACUUCCAAAAGCGAAAAGGACAAAGAAGACAAAGAAUGCAGAGAAAAGAACAAGUCAUUAAUGCCAACAAUGAUUUACGAUAUUAUACAAAAGCAGCAACAGCGGCAAACGCAAGCUCAAACGAUGGAUGCUCACGUUGCCACAGGGAGCACCGCUAGCGAACCAAAUGCGGUCACCUUGACCACAAAUACUCCUUCCUUGUCGGCGCAUUUGGGCAGCGGUCGCAAAUAUGGUACGAUUUAUGACAUUUUACAAAUGGAGAAAUCGGAUGCCAGCACGACUACAGCUGCUACAACCACGUCGCGCCCAGAAUCCAAGAAUCGUUUUAUUGUCAGCAAAAUCGAUGAAGCUGCUGUCAUGCAGGCAUCAGGUGUCAGCGGCGGCGGUGGCGGUGGCGACAACAGAGUGCACCAACACAUAGAAACUGCAGUUCACAGUGCGGAGCACACAACAUCCGCAGAUAAGUUGCAAGGCGAAGAUGUCGCCGCCCAUUGUGAUUCGCAAAAGUCUGCUAAGCCGUCAAAGCCAAACAAAAUGAGAAGACUGUCUAAUAUGUUGUCUUAUAGCAAGCAACAUACCAAGUCUGAGAAGUCAUCAAGCAGCGAGCGCAUCGAUGAACAACCGGAACCUGCUGAAUCGCGAAAAGUUGAUGACGCGUCCGCUUCAAAGAAGCCAGCACAACACAAACGCCGCAUUGGCCUGUCUCAACUGUUGCCGCUGGACAGCGAAGAGUUGUACGCGCGCAUUAUAGCACAAAAUCGCGCCACCACCUCAACCAUCGCAGGCAAGUUGACAAACGGCGCUGGUGCACCCAUCAUGAAAUCCAGUUCACUAGACGGCAUCUCCGCGGCAGCUGCCGCUUUGGUCUCACCGCCUGACACACCUUCGCCGCCCUCACCGCGACGCAGCCUUAAGCAACAUAAUUGCCUGCAUCUUCUUAACGCACCGGCCGCACAGCAGCGCACCACACUCGUCAAGAAACUAUCGCUAGAUAGCUUCGAAGCGAGUACGUCACGCAAAGAUCGCUCGCCGUUGCGUCGUUGGUCCAAUCAGAUGCCUGUCAAAUGCAAAUGUAUGUCAGUCAGUGAUUCGCGUGAAGGUUCACCGAUUUCGUUGGCGAGUAGCAACGAAGAUUUGUGUACAUGCGCGGCUGCUGUCAUUGAAGCGCGCGCCGAACAACAACGCCAACAAGAACGCGCGCAACAGCAUUUCAGUCGGCUGCUUCAUCAUCAGCCACUGCAGCAUAGAAAUACGUGCCCGAAUUUCUUGAUUUUUAAAGCGAAUACAACAGCAACAGAGGCAUCAGCCGCUACACUAUUGCCAUCGUCAUUGUCGUUUUCUUCGUCUUCGUCUUGUGUCGGUAAUGCCGAUUGUGCUUGCGCGUCACUGGAUAAUUUCAAAAACUUCAGACUGAAUGCACCGUCUAAUGCCAAAGCGAACGCGAAUAAUAGCAACAAAGUUGUAGCGUCCGCAGCAGUACCGUCAACGAAGGGCGGCGGCGGUAGCUCAGCGCCGCUGUUGCUGGCCAAGAAAGCCAAGUCUCGCCGCUUGUCGGAGUUUACGCGCGGUGAAUUUCUAAACGAAAAACCUUGGUACUUCCGUAAGAUAAAACGAAUCGAGGCUGAGAAGAAACUAUUACUGCCAGAAAAUGAACAUGGCGCAUAUUUGAUACGCGACUCUGAGAGUCGUCACAACGACUAUUCACUAUCGGUACGUGAUGGUGACACAGUAAAGCAUUACCGUAUACGACAAUUGGAUGAGGGUGGCUUCUUUAUUGCGCGUCGCACAACUUUUAGAACACUCCAAGAACUUGUUGAACAUUAUUCCAAGGAUUCCGAUGGUUUGUGUGUCAAUCUAUGCAAGCCAUGUGUACAGAUCGAGAAACCCGUCACCGAAGGUCUAUCGCAUCGAACACGCGAUCAGUGGGAGAUCGACAGAACUUCUCUCAAAUUCGUGCGCAAAUUGGGCUCUGGACAAUUCGGUGAAGUAUGGGAGGGCUUGUGGAAUAAUACCACACCGGUGGCGAUUAAAACGCUGAAAUCAGGCACAAUGGAUCCAAAAGACUUUUUGGCUGAAGCUCAAAUUAUGAAAAAGCUGCGUCACACAAAACUCAUACAGCUCUAUGCUGUUUGCACAGUAGAGGAACCGAUCUACAUCAUCACCGAAUUGAUGAAACACGGUUCACUGUUGGAGUACCUGCAAGUACUUGCAGGCAAGGGGCGCAGUCUGAAAAUGGCGAUACUCAUCGAUAUGGCCGCUCAAAUUGCUGCUGGCAUGGCUUAUUUGGAGCAGCAGAAUUACAUUCAUAGAGACUUGGCAGCGCGUAAUGUGCUUGUGGGCGACAAUAAUGUUGUCAAGAUUGCCGAUUUUGGUUUGGCGAGACUUAUAAAAGAAGAUGAGUAUGAGGCACGCGUAGGCGCACGUUUCCCCAUCAAGUGGACAGCACCUGAAGCUGCCAACUACAGCAAGUUCUCCAUAAAGUCUGAUGUGUGGAGUUUCGGCAUUUUACUCACCGAGUUAGUGACGUACGGACGCAUACCAUAUCCUGGUAUGACUAAUGCCGAAGUCUUGACGCAAGUCGAACACGGCUAUCGUAUGCCGGCACCACCCAAUUGUGAACCACGCCUAUAUGAAAUUAUGCUCGAGUGCUGGCACAAGGAUCCAAUGCGACGACCGACCUUUGAGACGCUGCAAUGGAAACUCGAAGACUUCUACACAUCAGAUCAGAGUGAUUAUAAGGAGGCGCAGGCCUACUGAUAAAUGCUUUACACUUCCAGCAGCACGUCUCACAUUAGCGAUAAUAUGAAAAAGCAACAUAUACAACUACAACAACAGCAUAGCAAUUGCCAACGCCACAGGAACAACAACAUCCACACAAAUAAUAUACUACAUAACAGCAUUAGUACUAAGAUGAGUCGCAGCAGUAGCAGUAUGUUGCCAAUUGGUGCAGCAGCAGCAGCAACAACAACAAGUGCAACUGCAAAGAUAACAACAAAAGCGACAGCAUUGUUAGCCAAUAAAGCUGAAGCCGACGGUGCUACUAAGUCGUUGCAGCUAUCAACAACAGCAACAAGUGCCGCCACAGCAGCAGUAUCGGCAGUAACGCCAAUUAAGCCGAUACCAAAGCUGCGGCAUGCAACGACAA